CAUUCGAUGAUAAGGUGGAACAGCGGCUUCUUCUACAACCACCCAGCACUAGCAGAUUAUCAAUACUACUGGCGCGUUGAGCCUGACGUGCAUUUUUUCUGCGACAUCCCUUACGACCCGUUCGCCUUCCUCGCGGAGAACGAGUUGGUGUAUGGCUUCAACAUGGACAUCCUCGACGAUGCGCGUAGCUUUGCUGGCCUCUGGGUAGUGAUACGCGACUUUGUCGCCGCCAACCCUGACCUGAUUCACCCGGAUGCCGACCUGGAAUGGUUACUCGAUCCCGCGACAGGCCUGGAUUACAACAAUUGCCAGUUCUUUUCGAAUUUCGAGAUAGGGAGUCUGGACUUUUUCCGCGCGGAACCCAAUCGAAAGUUCUUUCAGUGGUUGGAUCGGUCAGGCGGGUUCUAUUACUCGAGGUUCGGCGAUGCGCCGGUACAUACGCUUAGUUUGGCGUUGUUCGCGCCGAAGGACGCCGUGUGGUUCUUCAGGGAUAUUGGGUAUCAGCAUGAUAUUGCCAGGCAUUGUCCGCCACCUGGCCAGGGGAGAAUGUGUUCGUGUGAGCCUACUGGGUUGGACGAGAAUUUUUACAAGCUAGUGCCGAUGGAGAGUCCGCAAUUGAAACCCAGGGAUACGUGUAUUAGGUUGUGGUUGGGUGGGGAGUGGUUGAGGAAGAAGGAAGGGUGGGAUCAGAAGGUUGAGCGAGCUUUUGGUGGUGACGGAUAUGGCGGAUAUGUGCUCGAUGGGAAGACUUGAUCGGGCUGUGCUCUGCGGUCUGACCGUGCGUGUGGAGAAGGCAAUGACAGCAUCAUCAACAGAGCGUAAAGAAAGCAAGGGCAUCAUUGUUCGAGACGGUCGCGAGAUUAGACGAGCAUAGAAAGAACGGUGGUGGCAUGCUUCUACGAGCACUUUCGGGGGAUAUCGACUCUUUGUUCGUAGCGCAACGAUGCGAUGUUAAGGCUUCUGAUGGAAUCCAGGACAUCUCUGAGGAUACCAUGAUCAAAUGCUCAAACUUCACCGGAAUCAAACAGUGAGCAUCUCAAUCGCGAAUGGUGGGACCAGCUCAAGCCUUCGCUGCACCAGCCUUGAUGAGAAGGAUAUCGCCAUCUUCCACGACAUAAUCCUUGCCCUUGGUCAUGACCUUGCCUGCUGAUUUCACGUCGUUUUCGUUUCCAUAUUCUUUCAGCA